CAAGAUGGCGGCGAUACGGACGAGGUGUUCCUGCCAGUGGACAUAAAAAGGAAUUUUAUUCAAACUACAAAACCGAGUCAGACACAUUUUACACUUGGCCGUAUUGUGUGUGUGUUUGCCACGUAACGACCGUCGACGUCUUUUUUAUUUUAUGCGUUUCAACGUUUUUUUCUCACAAAAUGUUCACGUUGUAGCUCGCUUGCUAACCGACCAGCUGGCUAACAGAGAGCAGUUACUAGCUAGCUAGCUAUCCAUCACAGCCAAGCCGCCGUGAAGUGUAGAAUGGGAGAAAAGCUGGAGCUCAAGCUCAAAUCGCCGGUUGGAGCAGAACCUGCUGGCUAUCCGUGGCCAUUACCAGUAUACGAUAAACACCAUGAUGCUGCUCAUGAAAUCAUUGAGACCAUUCGGUGGGUGUGUGAGGAGAUCCCAGACCUCAAACUGGCAAUGGAAAAUUACGUACUCAUUGAUUACGACACAAAAAGCUUCGAGAGUAUGCAGAGACUUUGUGACAAGUACAACAGGGCCAUUGACAGCAUUCAUCAGCUUUGGAAGGGGACCACCCAGCCCAUGAAGCUGAACAAGCGUCCUUCUAAUGGGCUGCUAAGACACAUCCUACAGCAGGUGUACAACCACUCAGUGACUGACCCAGAGAAGCUAAACAACUAUGAGCCCUUCUCCCCUGAAGUGUACGGAGAGACCUCGUUUGACCUGGUGGCUCAGAUUAUUGACGAGAUGGAAAUGAUGGAAGAUGACACCUUUGUUGACCUCGGCAGUGGAGUGGGGCAGGUAGUGCUGCAGGUUGCAGCAGCAACCAACUGUAAACACUACUAUGGUGUAGAGAAAGCAGACAUUCCAGCUACCUAUGCAGAGACCAUGGACAAAGAAUUUAAGAAGUGGAUGAAAUGGUAUGGGAAGAAACAUGGGGAGUACACACUGGAGAGAGGUGAUUUCCUCUCUGAAGAGUGGAAAGAAAGGAUCGCCAACACAAGUAUUAUUUUUGUGAAUAACUUUGCAUUUGGUCCAGAGGUAGAUCACCAGCUGAAGGAGCGCUUUGCUAACAUGAAGGAAGGUGGGAAAAUUGUAUCUUCCAAACCUUUUGCACCUUUGAAUUUUAGAAUAAACAGUCGAAACUUGAGUGAUAUUGGCACAAUAAUGCGUGUGGUGGAGCUUUCUCCACUGAGGGGCUCCGUGUCCUGGACUGGAAAACCAGUUUCCUACUACCUGCAUACCAUAGACCGCACCAUACUUGAAAACUAUUUUGCUAGUCUCAAAAAUCCUAAACUCAGGGAGGAGCAAGAGGCAGCUAGGCGACGUCAGCAGAAGGAUACGAAGGACAGUAAAAGCAAUAGCACCACGCCCACAAAACCGAAAGAACAAAACAAGCAGGACUCCUGUGGUGAGGAGGAGCGUCCUAGCUUGGUGACAGUGGUCAAGCCCUCUGCCAAACCCCGAAGGACCCGACUGUUGUCCAAAGGUCGAAAGCUGAACAACAAGAAGCGUGGUCGACCCAAGAAAGCUGCCCCGGCUGCUGAGAAGAAAAACAAGAAGAAUCAGAGCGCGCUGGAUUUGCUGCACGCCAAGACCCUUUCUGCGGCGCCCCCUCAGGAUGCAUACCGGCCACCUCAGAGUCCCUUCUACCAGCUACCUCCCAAGGUCCAGCACUAUCCCUCUAGUCAACUGCUGCUGAGUCCGACUCCGCCUGGUCUGCAACAACUGCUAGAUAACAUCAAAGUUCAAUACCUCCAGUUUAUGGCCUACAUGAAGACUCCUCAGUACCGCUCCAACCUGCAGCAGCUUUUAGAGCAGGAGAAGCAAAAACACAGGGACCUGUCAGGGCAGGCGGAGCAGCUCCACUCUGUCUGUCAGUCUCACAAGGAUAAGAUCAAAGGUCUCUUUCAGACCAAACUAGAUGAGCUGGGGGUGAAAGCCCUGACUGUGGAGGACCUGCUGCAGGCCCAGAAGGAGAUAUCAGCUCACAACCGCCAGCUGAAAGAGCAGACUAAGCAGCUUGAGAGAGACAUGGCCUUGCUGAGAGACCACAGCCUGCUACUGCUGAAGUCUCGAUGCGAGGAGCUGAAACUCGAUUGGGGCUCUUUGUGUUUGGAAAGUCUGUUGAAGGAGAAGCAGGCACUGCGCAGGCAAAUUUCUGAGAAACAGAGACACUGCUUGGAGCUGCAGAUCAGUAUUGUGGAGCUGGAGAAAAGUCAAAGGCAACAGGAGCUUCUUCAGCUCAAAUCCUACAGCCCCUGUGAGGGCUCCCCAUACAGAAAGAGCAUGGAAUCGCGCUCUUCCACAGACAUGGACUCCUCUAAGCUCUGCAUGUCCUCAACCCCAGCCCUCAAUGGCGUCAGCCCAGACCUUUCUGUCAAUGGCACCAACUCACCCUGUUUUGACCGGGCCAACACCAAGGGGGAGCUUCUUCCUCGCUACCUGUCCAUCUCUCCUGACCAUGAGAUCGUGCCUGCCACCCCUGAUGCUCGACAGAGGCAGCAAAGCUCCACCCAAGCUCUUCCUGAUUACACACGCUACUCCCCCGCCAAGAUUGCCUUGCGGAGGCACCUUAACCAGGACCCCACUGCUUCUGCUCAUUUGAGAGGUCCAGGGCUGACCACUCACAGGGAAUUGGGUGGUGUUAACUCUCCGCUUGGAGCAAAACAGAACUGCCCCUCUCCCAAUCCAUCUGAGGCACAGAAAACUUCAGAGAGGGGUGGUAAGGAAAGGAGUCCAUCUGUUCAGGGUGACAACAGCAUUACAAGCCUUCCAAUUAGCAUCCCCUUGAGCACUGUCCACCCAAGUAAACUACCAGUCAGCAUCCCACUGGCGAGCGUGGUGCUGCCCAAUCGUGCUGAGAGACUGAGAAGUACUCCAAGUCCUGUCUCUCAGUCAGGCCAGACCAAUGGAUAUUCAUCCAGCUCAGGGCUGAUGAAUGGAGGCCCCCACCCUGAGGAUCAUAAUGGUGCUUCUUCAUCACCGCCUCCACACAUCAACACUCCUCUGACAGGACCAAUAGGCCGAGGAGGUCCCAUUCAGAGCCCCCCACUCAGUACUGGAGGGGUGCUCCAGUAUGCAGAUGGACCCCCGAGGAUUCUUCCAGAAGACGGACAAGACCGCCAGGGGGGCGAAUCGGACACAGAGCCCCAGGACAGUGAACUGCGGAGGAGAAUCUUCUUCUCGUCCUCCUCCUCUUCAUCCUCGUCUUCCUCUUCGUCAGGCAGUGGAGGCAGCGCGGCCGGAGGAUCACGCCUCCACCAUCACACUGGCAACUCAGCCAAGCAGGGAUACCACAGUAACCAUGGAAACCACCACCACCAGUCCCCGGGCACACAGCACACUCACACUCCCACACAUACGUUGUCAUCACAUUCCUCUCACAGCGUUGGCUCUCAAGAAGGACGCAAGAGGGGGAGAAGGAAACGCAGCUCUACAGGGGCUGUCAUGGCCAGCGGAUCCCCAAAGAGGAGGUCAUUCCCCGGGCUCAGCUCCAACAACCACUCCUCAGGAUCGCCACUCAACAUUAACUCCAUGGUUAACAACAUCAACCAGCCUCUGGAGAUCUCUGCCAUCUCCUCCCCAGAACAAUCAAGUCGCAGCCCUGGCGGACCUGACCUGGACCAGCCUCCCAUCUUGAAGAGGGAGCGCCCCCUGGAGCUCAAUGGCACAGGUCGUUACUCCUCAGCCCCCAGCUCUGAUGAUGAGGACUCAGGAUACCCUGCUGACAGCUCCAGUUCACGAAUUGAAAGAAAAAUUGCCACUAUAUCCUUGGAGAGCAGAGAUGGACCUGGUAGAUUAGGAGAUAGUGAAAGAGGCAGAAAAUCUGGUAGCAGCAGUGGAAACAGCACAGGUAGCGAGGCCUCCUCCUCGUCCUCCUUGUCCUCUACCAGCAAGUGGAAAUCUACUUUUUCACCUAUAUCUGACCCUAAGCAACCCAAUUCUGACCUGAGACAGGGGGGUUCUCCUUUCGGCAUGGGGGGUUCAAGCCGGGGCACAGACUCAGAUUCUGACCACAAACAACAGCAUCAGCAGGUGAGAAAAGGGAGUGAUGGAGAAUCGUCCAGCUACAUGACCCCCAAUCCCUUCCUCAGUCAGGAGACAGGGACCCGGGGUGGAGGCAGUGGCAGUGGUGGUGGCACCCAGGGAAACAGCGGCUCAGACCAACGGCAGGCCCUCCAGAAGCAGAAGGCCCCUCGCGACUGGGAGCUGAAGACGAGCAGCAGCCUGGCCAGUCAGAACCUCUUCAUUUCUGCUGCUGCCAGCAGUGGAGGGGGGAUUCUGAGCGGGAAGGUGGGAGGCAGUCCUGUAGCAGUUUCCUCAGCCACAGGUUCAUCUGUAGGACAGUACCUGGGGUCUCAGUUCCCACUUGGUGGGACCUCAGUCUUACAGUCCUUGUUUGGAGCCCAGACAGGCGGAUCCACUGUGAGUGGGACCCCACGGCUCGUCAACGGACACUCUGCCCUGGGAAGCUUCUCCAGUGCUGGGCUGGCAGGGGGAGCGGCUGGAGGUAAUUGAUGAAAACUACCUCAACAUUAAAUAAACUAUGCAAAUGUCCAGGUGUGGACCAAGGCACUCUCCUCACUCACUGGUGCUUCAAAACGUCUGCACUACCCAACCGCCUCCAAGACCGGCUUCUGUACUGGGAUCUCUGAUAUACACACACACAUACGCACGCACACACAUGCACACUCACACUCACACACACUAACCACCACCACUAUGGUCACCUUGAGCAGAAUUCAUCGGUACUGGUCAUGUUUAUGUGUGGAGUGUUAGUUAAUGUGUUGGUUUGAAUAUUUUACAGCAUUGAAAUCGGCAGUGGCUUCUGCCCAGCACUUAUGAUCAUGUCUGGUUUAAUAUUAAGGUGCUAAAUAGAAUGAUAGGUUGUCAUUUCUUUGUCUUAGUCACUAUUAUAGCAACUAGUGUUCUGCAGAAUAUUCAGUUUUGCGUGGUUUUGUGUAACAUUUAACAACCAAUGGAAGCACACAUUCGCCUUUUUGAGCUGAAUCUCAUCAGGUGUCACUUUCCCUCAGUUGUCAGUUUCUCUUCAUGCAAGUGCAUGUGUGCACACACACACACACGGAGGCCAGUUCAUUGAACUCUGCUCAGAUGUCAUGCAGCUUUUCCUCUCUGCAUGCAUGCUCUCUUAUCCCUGUUUUCUUCCUUCAGUGAAAUUCAGUGUUUGUUGCAGCAUAUUUGACUCUGAAACAAGAUGAGGAACUUAAUAUUUUGGUCAAACAUCACACUGGAUAGUAAGAUAGUUACUCAUGUAGCAGAAAAUGUACAAGUCCUGGCUGGAUUGUUGACACAGCAUAAACUCUGGUUAUGUUGAUUAUUUGCUAUAUUUUUAUAGUGAAGUAAAUGAGAGAUGGAUUACUCACUUUUAAGUCUUUUUACUUAAACGCCAAGGGGUAAACAUUGUACAAUGCUGUUCUGGCUGCCCUUUUUGACACAAAACUAAAAACUAAUAUUUUCUUUCUUCGCUACUAACUGGAGCAAUACCAUAUUAGUUCACAUUCUGAGUAAUGAAAACAAUUCCUGAGGUGUGGUUCAGUGUUUCUCUAAUACCAGAUAUUUAACAUAUCAGUGAAAGUUUCUUUGUUUACUCAAAAAGGAGCCUUUUGGUAUUUUGUGACAAUAAUCAGACAUAUUUCACAUUCUCUUAACGAUGGAAUGAUGAAGACAAUGGAAGAAUAUUGUGUAUAUUUUGAAGUCCUCACACAUAAAAUGUUCUAAUUUCAGCCUAAUUUUGCAAACAUGGUGAAUUAGCAACAUUUCCAGGUGUGCCAAUAAUGCUGAGCAGAGCUGAGUACAUUUUAAUGUUUGUUUUUUUUUCUUUUAGAAAGAUCCAAUGAAAUUAAUUUAAUGAGAUGGUGCUCUGUGUAGAUAUUGUUAGCCACACUCUAGUAGAAACCCACUGUUAGUGUCAGAGAGUUGUGGCUGCACUGUUGUUAAGUGAAGCUGAAUCCAGGUGUAAAAGAAUAACAGUAAAAAACCACAGACGAUUUAACUAAUUUCUGUAUUUAUUAACAUUUUCUUAAGUCAGUUUGCUAAAUCACACUACUAUGUGGGGCCACAGCAGAAAUAUUCUUACAGACGGAUUUUUAAAAACUUUUCUUAAGCUAAACGUAUUCAUAUUUAUCUCUGCUGUUGGGAAAUGCAAGUUUAAGCAAAAACGCGCAAGGCUCAGAUGUGGACACAGGUAUGUGGAAUUAUACUGCAUUUACUUAAAACAACAACACGCACACACAUACACACUCAUGCAUGCAAAUCCUCACACACUGGGAAAACUCGAUUAACCAUAACCACAACAAACUACUGGACUCUUUUCACACCUUUUUGUUUGCUUUUUUUUUUAAUUGUGUAAUUUGUUUUUUGUAAACAAUGUUUGUACUGUGAAUGUGAUCCAUUCUCCAACUGUAUAGUUGUGUAUAAUUUAGAUUAUUAUAUUUAUGCUGUCAGUCUCUCCAUUUGCCUUGGUAUUUGUUUUUCUCUUUUUUUUUUUUUAAAUCCUGAAAUGUGUUGACAUUGUAGAAUGCAAUAGUGUGUGUACUUGACUCACAGUCUGAAAACAAUGGUGCUAAAUUUGGACUGUGCCUGAUCUUAUUUAUUCUAUAGUGAAAACAUCAAAAACAAAUCAAAUACUUGGUGCUGUACACAGGGACAUUUGUAAAGCCUUUUAUCGGCAUUUCCUUUCUCAUAUUUAAUAUGCUAUUGUCUGGUUCUUUGAAUGCCUAGUGUACAACUGUAGACACCACCUUUUCGAUAAAAACUACUCUGCAACAGCUGACUCAGAGUCUGAGUAAACAGGUAUAAGGGGCCUCUGUUCAUGUUUCUCACGCAGCUGUUUUAAACAUGCGUCAGCCAGCUUUGCUCUCAGUAGCGAGCUGCUCAUCUGUAAGUGAACAAGACACACUGUUUUUGUACAUAAGUUUUUGAUUUUCCUUAUAUGUUUCCAUCAUAAAAAGAAAGGUAUAUAAAAUAUGUAUCUAUAUACAGUCUCUCUCUAUAUAUAAAUAUAUAUAUAUAAGUAUAUAUAUAUAUAAGUGAAUAGGGGUGUUUUGGUGCUGGCAUUGUGACCCUUAAAUUCAACCUGUUAAACAGGAGGCUUGAAGCCAAGGAGAGUGAAGCAUUGCCACCACAGGACCUUAACAGAUGGCGCCUAACAACAAGGCGACACAACAACACCUGUACCUUUGUGAUUUACACACCACAGAGCCAGAAUCUCAGAAGCUGUGUGUAUUUAACACACAGUGGUGCUGUGCUUGAACACAACUAGAUCCCAGCACUAGAACUGUUAUAACUUUUAUCAGAUGUUUUCACAUUUUUGUUUCUUUCUUUCUUUUUUUUUCUUUUCUUUUUUUUUUUUUUUUAAAACAACCCAGAUUCUGCAGGAAAAAAAAUGGUGCUUUGUUUCCAGAAAAUGGCAAUUCAGAUUUUAUCAGCUCAGUCUUUACUGGUGCACACAGAAGUGUCAAUGUCUUUGCGCGUCUGUCUGUAGAUGUCUUACUGACGAGGCUCUCCCUUGUAAUGUAAGCGUACUGUGAGACAUGCUGGUGUAAAACACUUAGGGUGUAUGUGUGCAUCACUUGGUAGCGAGAGCAGCCAAGCUUCUUUUCUUUCCGUGGUAGUGGGAAUACAAUUAAGCUCAUUUUGUGUGUGUGUGUGUGUGUGUGUGUGCUUUUUCUUCCACUUGCCAGUGCAUAUCUAAGGGAAGAUUAGACUAAUAAUCAAAGCUUUAUAGUAAAACUCCUGUCCUGUGCACUCACUCUGUAAACACAAAAAUGUGUUUCCCACCUGUGAGUGUUCAAGUGAAAAGAAGGUCAUUUUAGAACAUGAUUAGAGACGAUAGAGUCCAUUUGUUACCAGCACUGAGAGGUCCUUUGUAAUUAUUGUUGAUGCUGUUAUGAUUUUCUUAUUCUUGGUGUUUGAUACAAUUGCAGUUACAUGUUAUGCUUUUAAAUUGUGUCUUCAGAUUCCUGUCGGUUUUUAAUACUACUAGUCAGACAUACAGCACGGUGCUCUCCUUCACUUAAAACGAGGAAAUUGCAGCUAUUGAUACUAAAAUACUACUCCUCUCCUGUUGUGCUGCAGGGUUCUUAUGGUUUAAUGAUCCUCAACACGAGCUUGCCUGGCGGCUUUCUGGAUGGUCCAGUCUAACCCUACAGACUUUCUCUAACCUGGAAGGGCGCUGUGGUGUAUGUGCUGGUGAGAAUAGUUUGCGGAAACUGCAAAUAUUGCAUUAAUUGCAGAUUUCAGCCAGUUUUGUAGCUACUUGUAUAAUCAGUCAAAGGGAUGAGGUGCUGUUAUCGAAGUCCUUUGGUGUAUGAGCACGAUUUGAACUUAAAGCUUCUAUGCAGUUCUCCAGCAUACUUCAUCCUGGUACAUUAUUGGUAGAUAAUCUGUGAGAGCUUUGCAGUCGAGGCUGUUUACUCUAAAUCCUGCCAAAGGUCUUAACUCAGGAACUUUUCCCAGAUUGCUUGAAAUGAUGUAAAUUAUUCUCUUUAAACUACUGCAUGUCAGAAACUUAUUCACCAUCUUGUGGCAUGAUGAAGUCCCUCUCUAAGCCAACUCAGGACCAGGACAAACCCCUCAGUAAGUGUAUUUCAAGGUAAAACUAGUCUUGCUGCCUCGUCAGGUCUCCUCAGAUUCAUUCUCACUGCCUCAUACAUCCGGCCUCUCCAGUGUAAUCCAGCUUUAUAGAGCUUUAUGAGUCAGCCUGAUCUCGAGAAGCUGUGAAAUGGCUACGACUUUCAGCAUCUUCCUCAUCUCACAAAUGCCUCUGUCUCGAUUUGUGUCUCUAAGAAGGAGGUUCACCGUCCUUUGUUGGGAUCCCUCCCAUUAGUUGGGUCGGGGGGGGAGGGGGGGUGUACUGACAUUAAAGGACUGAUGUGAACUACAGUGUGUAUAUUGUGAUCUUUGAUCGGUGAAGCCAGGGCAGGUUUGAGGUGCAAUAACGGCAAACCUACUUUCCAAAAGGCCCCGGGUUUUCAUGGAAAAAUUGUUACUGUUCGGUGUUGGUGCUUUUAUCCUAAGAUGUUAUAAUGAAACAAAUGGAAUUAAUGUUUUUUUUUUCUGCGUUUUAUGAUUAUUAAUAAAAUGUUUCAUAUAAUA